UCCAAAUAAUAAUGAGUGAGUAGUUGAUCUAAUCUUGCUGGAAUUUUCUUCACCAUCUCCAUCUUCGUUGUCACUCCCACAUUUUAGAUGCAGAGGACGUGUUCACCACGUGGCCCCAUUAGAUAUAGAGAAAAUGAAAAUCAAACUUCCUACUUCUUCAACUACUACUUUAUACCACCUUUCUCUCAUCAUCAUCACCAUCUUUUCCAGCCACCAUUACAUACAAAAAGUUCCUCCAAAGUCAACCACUUCUGAACCAUCCAUGGCGGACCCCGAAACAAUAUCAAUUCAUCAAACUGUAACACUCCAAGAAAUCACUGUUGAUUACACUCCAGAACUAUGUACCCAUUCAUCAGAAACAAAUGAAAUCACAGUUCUUUUCGACGAAAGAGGUGGAUCAAGGUGGAGAACAAAAAAUCGUUACCAGUAUGGAACUUUUGGAGCUAACAUCAAGUGUCCUGAUGGUAAUACAAAUGGUUUGAAUUUUAAUCUUUAUUUGUCUUCAUUAGAAGGUGAUAAAUCACAAGAUGCGAUUCAUUUUGAGUUUUUAGGGAAUAAUAAGGGGAUUGUACAGACUAAUUAUAUGACUGCUGGUACUGCGAAUGGUAGCGAACAGAUUAAUGAUUUGGGAUUUGAUUGUAGUGAUGGGUUUCAUGAUUAUGAGAUUAAAUGGGAGAAGGAGUUUAUUGAAUGGUCAAUUGAUGGGAAAUGUAUUAGGAGGGUUGAUAGAGAAGAUGGGGUUGAGUUUCCUGAGAAGGCAAUGUUUUUGUAUGCGUCGGUUUGGGAUGCUAGUGCUAUUGCUGAAGGGGAAUGGUCCGGGAUCUAUGAAGGGGGUGAUGCACCUUAUGCUUGUGUCUAUAAGGAUGUUCGUGUUCCCCUGUUGACUUCCGUGGAUGUGGCGGACCGAGAAUUUCAUCCAGAACAUCUUAUUCAUCAAACUCUGCUACUCAAAGAAAUAGCUGUUGAUUACACUCCAGAAGUAUGUACGCACACACUAGACACAAAUGAAAUCACUGUUCUUUACGACGAAAGAGGUGGAUCAAGAUGGAGAACAAAGACUCGCUACCAAUACGGCACAUUUGGAGCUAAUAUUAAGUGUCCUGAUGGCAAUACAAACGGUUUGAAUUUCAAUCUUUAUCUUUCUUCACUAGAAGGUGAUAAAGCACAAGAUGAAAUUGAUUUUGAAUUCCUAGGUAAUAAUAAAGGAGUUGUACAGACGAAUCAUUAUACUGAUGGUACUGGGAAUAAAGAGCAAAUCCAUGAUCUAGGAUUUGAUUGUAGUGAUGGGUUUCAUGACUAUGAGAUUAAAUGGUCCAAAGAUUACAUUGAAUGGUCAGUUGAUGGGAAGAUUAUUAGAAGAGAUGAUAACGAAGACAGUGCUGAGUUUCCUGGGAAAGCUAUGUUUUUGUAUGCUUCAAUAUGGGAUGCUAGUGGUAUUAACGAAGGAGGAUGGACUGGUAUUUACGAGGGAUCUGAUGCACCUUAUACUUGUAUGUAUAAGGAUGUCCGUGUUCCGCUGUUAACUGCGCUGCCGGAGGAGGAUUCUGAGGAUUUAGUGUGUUGAUCUAUUGAUUACCUAUUUUGUUUUGUAUUUGUGGGCGUACCUGUUUGUUGUUGUAUAAUUAGAGUUGGUUGAUUUUCCUUUCUUCUUCUUUUUUUUCAUUAAGGAUUCUCUAUUUUUUUUUUCAAUUUAAUCAAUUACUGGAAUGAAGUGAAAUAGUAUGUGCUAAUUUUAUCUAUC